AUGAGGUGCGCUUCAUUUUUGUUAGGUUUGGUCCUUUUUGUGUCUGUUCAUUGUCAGAACGACAGUCUACCCGCGGCGGAAAAGUGUGAUCCGGAGAAAUGCAAGUUGCCAAGCUGUAGAUGCUCAUCCACUGAAAUCCCUGGAAACUUGGAACCCCGCGAUACACCACAGUUCGUUUUACUCACAUUCGAUGACGCCGUGACUACAGUGAACAUCGAGACCUACCGAGAUAUUCUGUACAACAGAGCCAACUCGAACAGAUGUCCCAUCGGUGUGACGUUCUUCAUCAACCAUGAGUACACAGACUACAGCCUUGUCAACGAGUUAUACAACCGGGGCUUUGAAAUCGCUCUUCAUUCGAUCACUCACAGAACUAAUCAAACAUAUUGGAAAGAAGCGACGGUGGAAGAAGCCACCAGAGAAUUCGUAGAUCAGAGGAUUCUCAUGUCCCAUUUUGCAAAUAUUCCCCAAGGAUCUAUGCAAGGUAUCCGCAGUCCUUUCAUUCAGUUGUCAGGCAACAGCACUUAUCAAAUGGUAAAAGACAACGGUUUGACUUACGACUUGAGCUGGCCGACCGUCAGGUUUACGGACCCCGGUCUCUGGCCCUACACUCUCGACUACUCUUCUAUCCAGGAUUGCGUCAUCUCUCCUUGUCCUACAGCGUCUAUUCCAGGUGUUUGGGUCAUUCCCAUGAUCUCCUGGACUGAUCUGGAGGGUUUCCCUUGCUCUUUUGUUGAUGCCUGUUUUUCCAAUCCCGACUUAACAGACGAAGAUGCUUGGUUCCAAUACAUCGUAAAAGCAUUCGAAAAGCACUACUUCGGUAAUCGUUCUCCUUUCGGAUUCUACGUCCAUGAAUGGUUCGUUAGAAUCAAUCCAGGCGUCAAAGGCGCUCUGGUUCGCUUCAUGAAUAUGAUCGAAAAUAUGAACGACGCAUUUUUGGUGAAUGCUAAUGAGGUCGUCAACUGGGUGAAGAAUCCGGUUCCUCUGAAUGAGUUUGUGAAACAGGAUUGUCCUCGCUUCGUCCCAGCUGCCUGUCGUCGCACGACAUGCUCGGGUCUGAGAGAGGAGGGAAGCGGCAAUACUUAUUACAUGACAAUCUGCAACAGAUGUCCCCGAGUCUAUCCUUGGAUAAACAAUCCUCGUGGUGUCUAA